UCUCGAGUUAAUUUGGUAUAGUCACACCCCUCCUCAGAAAAUUGAAGUAGUUUUUAUUAUUAGUGUAAAAGUGUGCAGCUUUAUAUAGAGCUCUGAUGGCUACUGUGGGAGCAGAAGCUGCUGGGCAGACUAUAACAGCUACCAAAGCACAGGCUGGAGGAGACAACAAGCCAGGCAGCGGAGGAGCUGGAUCAAAGGGUUUUCGUCCAAACUACUCGCUCAAAUUCACUCUUGUGGGUCACACAAAAGCUGUGUCCAGUGUCAAGUUCAGUCCUGAUGGUCAAUGGCUGGCAAGCUCAGCAGCCGACAACACUGUGAAGAUAUGGGGAGCAUAUGACGGAAAGUUUGAACGUACCAUCACAGGACACAAACUGGGUAUAUCUGAUGUAGCUUGGUCCCAGGACUCAAAGCUGCUGGUGUCUGCUUCAGAUGACAAGACCCUCAAGAUUUGGGAAGCUGCCACUGGUAAGUGUAUGAAGACGCUGCGUGGUCACACAAAUUACGUCUUCUGUUGCAACUUCAACCCUCAGUCCAAUCUCAUUGUGUCAGGAUCAUUUGAUGAGAGUGUUCGUAUCUGGGACGUGAAGAGUGGGCGUACUGUCACAACCCUCCCCGCCCACUCAGACCCCGUGUCAGCUGUCCACUUCAACAGAGACGGCUCCCUUAUUGUGUCAAGUUCCUACGAUGGACUUUGUCGUAUAUGGGACACUGCGUCAGGUCAGUGUUUAAAGACAAUUGUGGAUGAAGAGAAUCCUCCGGUUUCCUUUGUCAAAUUCUCCCCUAAUGGAAAAUACAUUCUGGCAGCCACCCUCGACAAUACUCUGAAACUCUGGGACUUUACAAAAGGAAAGUGCCUCAAGACGUAUGUUGGCCACAAGAACGAGAAAUACUGUGUGUUUGCCAACUUCUCAGUCACAGGAGGAAAGUCCUUCCAUUCUUCUCAUCAUGACAUGCAGUGGAUUGUGUGUGGGUCAGAAGACAAUAUGGUAUACAUUUGGAACCUCCAGACUAAAGAGAUUGUGCAGAAGCUGGAAGGCCACAAAGAUGCGGUACUAUGUACAACGUGCCACCCCACAGAAAACAUGAUAGCCUCAGGGGCUCUGUCAGACGACAAGACAAUCAAACUGUGGAGAUCAGACACUUAGUACAUCGACUGACAUGCAUGUAAAUAUAUUAUAUUUCUACCUUUCUCACUGCUCUUUUUUGUCACAAAGUGAUCCAUAAACCACUAUUAUUGAAAACUUUA